AUGGACUGUCCAGUACAGAGAUGCCCUGUGCCUGGGUUCUUCCGAGCAAAACUGGCAAGGUGCGAAGAAAUAUGCAACAUCUCAUUCAUGAAGAAGAAGACCGUAACAUACUCCCCACUACCCAGCAUUCCUGUCCCUACAGAAGAGGAGUUUAUGGACUUCUACCAAAAGCUGUAUGAAUGUGAUGUUCAGGAAGAAAGUAGUAAGGGGACUGCUAUCUUGUCUGUGAUCGAGGGCCACUCUCACAGAUACAAACCAAAGACCCUUCAACUGAAUUUGCCAACACCACUUUCUAAAUUAUAUUCAAAGGCAAAGUUGCAUAAUGAUUUGUCGUCCUUACUAGUAGAGAGUGAAAGCAUCUUUGACAAUCUUCAGAUAACAGAGCAACAGCCUAAUGUGUUGGCCUACACUGUCCACUGUCAGACGGACACUCAUGGACGACCUGUGGCCGGGGUGGGUGUCAUCUGCAGGGACAGUCUGACAGGAGCCACUUACAGCCACCAGGCUAUUGUACAGACUAUCAUCCAUGAGCUGUUUCAUACACUUGGUUUCUCUAAAGAGCUCUUCCACACCUGGAGAGACUGUUCAUCCAAGUCUCAAGUGGCUGCUGGCUGUUCUCCUCGAGGCAAAGUGAGUCAUUCUGAUAGAUCGGGCCAGAUGAGGAUUUACACCCCAUCCCUCAUUUCCACCUUGCAGAAGCACCUGGCAUCCACUGACCCUGAGCUAGGGGGGCCGCUAGAGAACCUGGAUGUUGCUCCAGGCAGAGUGUCCUCUCACUGGGAGUCCCGGGUCCUGCAGGGCUCCAUCAUGGCACCGGUGCUGGGGGACUCGACCACAGUCCGGAUCGACCCGGUCACCUUGGCUGCAUUACAGGAUACGGGCUGGUACACUGUUGACCUGAACCAGGCACAGAGUCUAGUCUGGGGAGAUGGUGAAGGAGCUACGUUUGGUUCCCUGUCAACCUGUCGGAACAAGUCUUCAUCUUUUUUCUGCACUGGCAGUGGAUUUGGGUGUCAUUAUCUUCACCUCCACAAGGGGGAGUGCCAGACUGAUCAACACCUGGAGGGAUGUCGAGUGUAUAAACCCCUCAAGAAUGGAAGUGAAUGUUGGAUAGAGAAAAAUGGCAGAGACGAAGAUCUGGGGGGGGGGGGGGGGGGGGAAGCAGACGGAGCUCAGCAGCUCGCAGCUCUGUGGAGGGACGUUGUUACAGACACAGGUACCGGGAGCUGGUCGCCCCUCAGACUCCCUGCAGAGCUCCCUGUGGCCUCGGUGCUCGGCGUCACUGCUGCUGUGUGUCUCCUGGCUGCAGCUCUGCUGUCUCUCAGGAAACGUUGCUCCUGCAAGGUCCGGAUCCACACUGCCCCAGAGGAUCACACUGAUCUGUAG